AUGGGAUCUGUUUUAUUAAUUGAUUCAACUGCUGAAGUUGAGGGUAACGAGAGACUUGCCGUCACCCUCUUCUUUUGUUUCUUUUUAACAGGAAUUUUAGACUUUUUAAUUUCUUUAGCGGUCUUCAUCCUUUUUGUACCAUUUCCAUUUAUUUUCUCUUUCCUUUUUACAGGUUGCCGUGGAGUUGGUGGCGCUGGGGAUACUCUUUCGCUUGGAACGUUUCUAUUUUUAGCUAUGGAAGGUAAAGACGGGUGGUACGAAGAUUCAGAGAGAGGCGGUACAAUAUUAUAAGCUCUGUUUGGAGGUUCUUUAGGGUAAGCUG